AUGUCUCAAGGUACUCUAUACACCUCUGCUACUCCAAGAUGCAACCCAGUCAAGGCUUUGAUUGAAAACUUCAACAUUGACAUCACCUGUGUUGAAAAAUCUACUGUCGCUGAUUUUGAGACCAAGUUCCCUCUAGGUCAAAUUCCAGCUUUUGUUGGUCCAAAGGGUUUCAAGAUCACUGAAGAAAUUGCCGUCCUUUACUACGUUGCUGAUUUGAUUCAAGAUGAAAAGGCUAAGGCUGUCCUAAAGGGUAAGACCGAAGCUGAAAAGACUCAAGUUCUAAGAUGGGUCUCCGUUGGUAACACCAACCUAUUCUCUGCUAUCUUCGGUAACAUUCUUUCUAUUAAGGGUGUUACUCAAUUCAACAAGAAGGAAAACGAUAACCGUUUCGCUUUAAUUGAAAAGUACGCUAAGGUUUUCGAUGACAGAUUGAAGACUCACACUUAUGUUGCUACCGAAAAGAUCUCUCUAGCUGAUUUACAAUGUGCUGUCUCUUGGACUGCUGCUUUCUCUACCAUUCUAGGUCCAGAAGCUAGAACCCAACACCCAUACUUAGUCAGAUGGAUAAAGACUGUUGUUGCCUCUGAUCUAGGUAAGAUUGCUUUCAAGGGUUUCCAAUUCGCUGAAAAGGCUUUAGCUUACGUUCCAGCUAAGAAGGAAAAGAAGGACAAGCCAAAGAAGGAAGAACAACCAAAGAAGCAAGCUAAGAAGGAAGAAAAGCCAGCUGCUGAACCAACUGAAAAGAAGGCUAAGCACCCUCUAGAAGCUCUAGGUAAGUCUACCUUCAUUCUAGAUGACUGGAAGAGAAAGUACUCUAACGAAGAUACCAGAAAGGGUGCUCUACCAUGGUUCUGGGACAACUACAACCCAGAAGAAUACUCUAUCUGGAAGGUUGACUACAAGUACAACGAUGAAUUAACCUUGACUUUCAUGUCUAACAACUUGGUCGGUGGUUUCUUCAACAGAUUGUCUGCUUCUACCAAGUACAUGUUCGGUUGUAUGGUCAUCUACGGUGAAAACAACAACAACGGUAUCACCGGUGCUAUCAUGAUCAGAGGUCAAGAAUUCGCUCCAGCUUUCGAUGUUGCUCCAGAUUGGGAAUCUUACGCUUACGCUAAGUUGGACCCAACCAAGGAUGAAGACAAGGAAUUCAUCAACAACAUGUGGGCUUGGGAUAAACCAGUUGUUGUCGACGGUGAAAACAGAGAAAUUGCUGACGGUAAGGUUUUGAAAUAA